UAUUCGGCUCACCUCAGGACCAACCAGUUACCUCCGCAAAAAGUGAGUGGCAAACAAACUAGUGUGACCUGACCAUGCGAAAACGCACUUCCCUAAGCCAGCAGCCUCCACAGAAACGUAGCCCUGGGCCGGCCGUAAAGAUCAGUGUACAGCCUGCACGAGAGGGUAGCCAGGUGACUCGAGGCUAAGUCGGUUGAUCAGCUACAAUGGGAAACAGGAAGCAACAUACGACAAACGAAAAUGCGGAAAACAAGCAGAACAGACUCUUCAGGAGGUCCGAUAGAAGUUGAGCAAAGAGGCACGUUUUCUACCACAUAUCGCCGCUCCGCUGUGGAUCGUCACUUAUCUUGUCAAGAAAGAUGGUUUCAAGUUUCCUACAGUCGAUUGGACCUCCCCAGAUGGUACCUCACCGCCAUGUUGCAGAAUGUCUACGCAAAUUCGACAUUGAGUAAAGCUCAAGUAAGCAGAUGCGUUUCUGAGUCUUUUACGGACGAUCUUCACUUUCGAAGACCUUUGACAAGGAUCACGGGCGAGAACGUGGAUAGAAUAAAACGACGUGUGCUUCGAGCUUUUCCAUCUGACUGCUGGCUCCCAGCACGAAACGAGGUGUGGCUAUACCCAAGUUCGAACCUAGACCACAACAUGUCCCUAAACAACUCACUACGAUCUAAUCUAACCAAGCGUUGAAUUACCAUAAGAGAUCUAACAGAAGAAAUAGAAAUCUCCAUUAAUUCAUGUCCGGCCAUUUUGAGCAAUCGUUUGAGAGUCACGGAAAUUACGGCAAACAAUUGAAUGUCCAGGAGAUAAACACUCGCAAAUAACUGUAUCCAGUAAACCUGUUGGCACUUCUGGAGGAGCCAGGCUUGUUUAAACAAAUUAUUAUGAGGUACCAGACGCGGAUAUACAGCUAUGAUGGGAAGACCAAAAUGCAAUCUUCCCAGUAUCGCUUCGAAAACGGGCCCCGCCCAAAGGAAGUCGCACGACCCAGAUCGGAGAACAAAGUGGUCCUCACAGGAUUUCUUUGUACCAUCGGAGAAUUGUUGCUCAUGAGUUCAUCAAGUAGUUUGAAGAAGAUUGCGCAAGUCUGUGUGACGCAAGCGACCAGAACGGUGGCAGAAGUCCUGAGUGCCUCAUCACGACAAUGCACGGGCCCGUACUUCACUACUCGCACAGCAGUUUUUUGCCAAGAGUGCGAUGCAAGUGUUUCCCCAACCUCCGUA